UACAUCCGGGGCAUUCAGUAGUUUCACAUGUAGGUCGGUUCAGCUCCCAUAGAGUGUCCUGGUACAGAAGCUCCGGGUGCUACUCUGGUGUUUACAUCCACAUUUGACAGAGAUUAUGGCACUAAUAGGGAUUCAACUGGUGGUCAGCUUGCUGGCCGCCAGCGUCAUGCAGAGGAUGGCCCCACACUGCUCAUUUGCACGGUGGCUCGUCUGCAAUGGCAGUUUGUUCCGAUUCAAACACCCGUCAGAGGGAGAGUUGUUCGCCUUGGCAGGAAAACAGAUGCCCAAACAGAACAGAAGAGACAGGAGACAGAAUGGAGAGAACAAGCCUCUCACGGUGCCCAAAGACAUUGACCUUCACCUGGAGAAAGCGCCGGUCAACGUGAUGGAUGCUCUUGUCCUGCGUUUUUUCCUGGAGUACCAGUGGCUUGUGGAUUUUGCUGUCUAUGCCAUGGGCGUCUUCCUGUUUACUGAGUGUUAUUAUAGUGUGGCGGACGCCAGUAAAGAGGUCAACAUCGGAGCCUUCUGGUGUGUCCUAACGGUUGUGUUUGGACUAAAGGCCCUUCACACUCUGAUGAGUCACUACUUUCGCUCGGAGGAGGGCGGCGAGCGCUCCGUGUGCCUCGCCUUCGGCUUCCUGUCUCUGCUGGUGGCCAUGCUGGUUCUGGUGGUCCGAGAGGAAUACCUGGAGUUCGGCCUGGAGCCCGGCUUUUCCAGCCUGUUCGACAACUUGGAGACGUUCGCUAAGCAUCAGGGUUAUGCUGAUUGGUCGAUCCCGGUGACGAAGCUGAGUGUGAAGCUGGGCCUCGCUGCUGUCUGCGCUUACAUCGGGUCCCUGCUGGCCUUCCCUGGACUCAGGCUGGCUCAGACUCAUCUAGAUGCUGUACAGAUGAACUCUGACCGCCCUCUCAUUCAGAUUCUGCUGCACAUGAGUUUCUUAUCUCCCGUCGUCGUGUUGGUUUUGUGGGUAAAACCCAUUGCUAGAGACUUUUUGGCCAACGCGCCCAUGGGAAAGACUUCUGUCACCCUGGUGAGCAGCGCAGCAUUCGACAGCAUGCGCCUGUGGAUCAUCGUGGCCCUGUGCGCGCUGCGUCUGGCGCUGACCCGGUACCACCUGCAGGCCUACCUUAACCUGGCUCAGAAGUGGGUGGAGCAGAUGAAGAAGGAGGCGGGACGAAUCGCUGCCAUCGAUAUCCAGCGGAAGGUCACGCGUGUGUUUUGCUACCUAACGGUGGUUACACUUCAGUAUUUGGUACCUAUUCUGCUCAUCCUCUUCUCCACGUUGGCACUCAAGGUGCUGGGGAACUUCUCCUGGGGUUUCAAUGUCGAGGAGACACCGGGUGUGACGCCAGCGCUGGUGCUCCCCACAGCAGCACCCGUGCCGUCUGGCGGACUCGACGAGGACGAGGACGGGAUGGAAGACAUGGAGGAGGACAUCCAGGCCACGGUGGCACGCCUGUCAGAGACGUUCGCCGCGCUGCGCUCCGUCCUCACUCCUCUCUUCCUCCGCGGUCUCUUCGCCUUCCUCACUUGGUGGGUCGCCGCCUGCCAAGUGAUCAGCUCUCUGUUUGGCGUCUACUUCCACCAGUACCUGAUGCAGAACUGAGGAAACUGGAGCGCCGGAUACACGCAAGUCACUUCUAACUCUCGCUGUACGAGACACUGCUGGAAGGGUGAUGGACACAGGGACAAUAGUGGAUGACCACAGACUGAGACUGAGUUUGGUUGGAAGAGGUAAACCAGCAGGCCUCUGGCAUCAGUGACACAAAUAUAGAGAAAGAACCAUGACUUGUUUCACAAAGCAAGUUCAGCUUGUAUCAAUUUGUACGACUUCACUUGGUCAUAUCAUGGAAGCAGCAUUUUUAGCAAAGGAGGAAUAACUGAGAACAGAUCUAUGUUUUCUUUUUGGUUCAGAUCUAACUUGACUGUAUAACUUUAAAGGUAUUCAAACC